GGUCACUAAAACUAUGGCUGCUGAGUGUUUUAUAUAUAGUAUGAACUGAUGUAAUAUUUUUUCCAUAUGAGAGAUGCACCAAAAUGACAGAGAAAAAUCCAAGAACAGCAAAUUCAUCAUCACCUGAAAGUGAUUUUAGCAACCAGCAGUGGCCAUUUGAACUCUCUGACUACUUGAGUUUCGAUGACAAUGAAUGGCUACAAAACAAUCCAACCACUGAGUCUUUAGUUUUUCAAGCCAACGAAGUAGCAGGUGGUAGCCACAUUGAGGGGUCUUCUAGUUCAAUCAGAGAUACUAAUAAUAUGAAUAUGAGUGGAAACGAGAAUUGGAAGAAGGAAGUUAAGGAAAGAGUUGCAUUCAAAACAAAGUCACUGAUUGAAAUACUUGAUGAUGGGUACAGAUGGAGGAAGUAUGGAAAGAAAAUGGUUAAGAAUAGCCCUAAUCCAAGGAAUUAUUAUAGGUGUUCAGUGGAGGGGUGUCCUGUAAAAAAAAGAGUUGAGAGAGAUAAUAAUGAUUCGAGUUAUGUGAUAACAACUUAUGAAGGCAUGCACACCCAUCCAAAUUCUUGCUAGCUCAAACAUAAUAUGAAGAAGUUCUUUGCUGCAUGCUCUUACUAAUGUUACUAGUAUUCCUACAUGAAAAUAUUCAAAUUCCCAACAAGUUUGAGUUUGCAAUUGCUCAUGUACAAUUUACUUUAAAAAGGGUUUUGAACUUUGAAGAAUAUAUAUACAAAGCUUAGUCAGCAAAUAACUAUAC